AGCCGUUUCCCCCCGCUCGUUAGGGCGGCAGUUUCUGGCGGCGUCGGUCCGCCGGCGGGCGGGCGGUCCGCGCAUGCGGCGGAAGGCCGCCCCGGCCUUCUCCGCGAUGCGGGAGGCGCUGGUGAGCGAUGAGGAGCACCACGCCAGCUACCUGGACAAGCUUUGGGUGCCAGGCGCCUUGGUGCUGGGCGUCUUGGUGGGUCUGCUGAUGCCGGCGCCGCAUUCCUGGGGCAGCCGGCUCUCGGAGGUGCUGGGCUGGACCUAUUUUUGCGCCUGGUCCGUGUCUUUCUACCCUCAGGUAGUGCUGAACUGGAGGAGGAAAAGCGUGGUGGGGCUCUCGCUGGACUACCAGAUCCUGAAUGCUUUCGGCUUCGGCUGCUACUUCCUCUUCAACGCCCUGCUCUUCUGGGCCCCGGGCAUCCGCGCGGCAUACCGAGAGGUGCAUGAUGGGCAGGACAGCGGGGUGAGGCUCAACGACGUGGUCUUCGCGGGCCACGCCUUCUGUAUCACCUUGCUGACGCUUCUGCAGAUAGGGGACCCCUCAUACCUGGCCGCGCCUGGCAUGCCUUCGCAGAGCUCGGCCCAAGCAUCCCGCACUUUCGAAGACUCCAAGUGGCAGGCCAGGAUGGCUUCCCGUUCGCUGCUGCUGGCUGCUGCCUUCCUGCCCCGCUUUGGGGCCGCGCCCGCCGAGGCCGCCACCCGCGUGCGGCGCCCCCUUUCCAGCUCCAGAAGCACCGUUGCCACGGCGGCAGUGCCGGCGCCGCUGCAUUUGGCGGCCGGGCACGGGGUCUACGUGCCAGUCCAGCUGGGCAACCUCCAGGCGGCCCAUGGCUCUGCUGGGAGCUUAUGGACCUGGGUGGUGGCUGCGGCGGGCGCCUCCUGGCACGGCGUCACGCGGAACGCGCGGGGCGUGGAGCCGCGGCGGGCCGGGGGCGCCGGGAGCCGGGUGGUGGUGCCCCAGGAGGGCUACCAAACUGCCAGCGAGGAUGAGGCAGAGGCGGAGCCCGCAUCCGAGACAGCCCAGAUGCCCUAUGGCUAUGUGCCGUACCAGCACCCGCACCAGCAGUACCAGCAAUACCAGCAGUACCAGCAGUACCCCAUGCCCUUUGUGAUGGUGGCCAUGCCCGUGGAGGAGGCGUCGGGGAACGUCACGGACAGCCCGGCCGCCGGGAGCGUCGCGGCGGCCGCGCGGCCGCUUUGCCCGGGCCAGGUAGAGCGUGCAGCCACCCCCGACAGCGACUGGGCCUCUGCCGCCUCCGCCUCCAACGCUGCCACACCGUCAGCGUCCUACGCCUCGGCCACUUCUUUCGCGCCGCGGUGGACGAGCCGAGACUGCGAGUGGGCGAGCCGCCAGCUGGCGAACCCCUCCUUUGCCCGCCGCCAGGAGUUGAUGCAGCAGCUGGUGUCAGAAGCCUGGAGUCUUUCCAACAGCAAGCACGGAACCCGGCUCAUCCAGGACGCCUUGGACCAGGCGGAGUACGCGGAGCGCCUGCGCCUGGCUGCGGCCUUCCAGGGCAGGGUCUGGCAGGCGCUGAAGUCCCCGCAUGCCAACCACGUGCUGCAGAAGGUCAUCGCCCUGAUGCCCGUGGAGAAGAUCCAAUUCGUGGUGGAUGAGCUGGCGGGUCGGCUGGGGGAAGCCGCCAGGCAUCCCUUCGGCUGCCGGGUGCUGGAGCGGUUCCUGGAACACGCCUCGGCACAGCAGAACCAGGCGAUCUUGACCGAGCUGCUGCAACCUGCGCUUGUCCGGCAGAGAGAGAGACAUUUCCGGCCCGAGCGCAAAGUCUCGCGGGCCAUGCUGUGCGCCGGAAAACCUGUGGAGGCAGCAACACCGGAUGCCGUGUGCCGUUCGGCGGCUAUGCCUUUCGUGCCAGAGGACUUGAAGGCGACAGCUUCUUUCACCGACUCCUCCUUUGAGACCGUCCUGACCUUUGUGCUGCCGAAGCAGAUUUACAACCUUUUUUCUGAUUUGGAUACACUGUUCCUCGGGAACUUCACAUUGAAUCAGGAUCAGAAGAACACCGGCACUACGGAACCAUCCAGCAGCUAUGGAAAUGGGCAGGAUACGAACUGA